AUGGAGUUGCAUCAUGGAGAAUGUGGAUCUCACUCAGGUGGACGAAGUCUAGUAUUAAGAGCGGUGAGAGCCGGAUACUAUUGGCCGACGAUGUCGAAUGACGCGACAAGAUUCGCUCGUCAAUGUGACAAGUGUCAGAGACAUGCUCAAGUGUCGAAACUACCUCCAGAGAAUUUGAAAAGCAUAAGUUCGUCAUGGCCAUUCAUGAAAUGGGGCAUGGACAUAGUGGGAAAACUACCAACAGCGCCAGCACAAAAGGUGUUUCUCUUGGUAAUGACUGAUUACUUUUCUAAGUGGGUGGAAGCAGAGGCAUUUAGUCAAGUCACAGAUAAAGAAGUCAGAGGUUUCAUAUGGAGGAACAUCAUAUGCAAAUUUGGAGUUCCUCAAGAGAUUGUCACUGACAAUGGCCCUCAAUUUACGAGCAACAACUUCAAAAACUACUGUAUCACGUGGGGAAUAAAGCUUAGCUUCGCGACACCCAGGCACCCACAAUCCAACGGACAAGCUGAAUCUUCAAACAAAACCAUUAUACAGAUGUUGAAGAAACGGCUUGAAAGCGCAAAAGGCAAGUGGGUAGAAGAGCUCCCUGGCGUGUUGUGGGCUUAUCGAACGACAUCCAAAAUAGCAACUGGGGAAACACCUUAUUCUCUAGUGUACGGGAUGGAAGCGGUAGUGCCAUCUGAAGUCACUGUGAAAACGAUACGAACAGAGCAUCUACAAUACCAAGAAAACGAGGAGCUGAUGAAGCUCGACCUCGACCUACUCGAUGAGAAAAGGGAAACUGCAAGGAUUCAAAACUGGUGCUACCAACAGGACAUCGCAAGACGAUACAACAAAAACGUGCGAACUAGGACUUUCCAAGUUGGCGAAUGGGUACUCAGGCGCGUCUUUCAAAACACGAUGGAACGUGGUGCUGGAAAACUGGGGCCGACUUGGGAAGGUCCCUACAAGAUAACAGAAGUGCGAGGAUCAGGUGCAUACAAGCUACAAGAUAAGGAUGGGAAGAAUCAACCUAACAGCUGGAAUGCUUUGCACCUCAAAACCUACCAAUUCUAG